AUGAAAGUAUGUAUUAAUUCAACAACAUCUAUUAAUAAUUGAAUAUAGCUAACAUAUUAGCAACGUAUAACGGGAUUAGAUUUACAAGUUCUUACAUCUGAAUUUAAUAAAGAAUUGUUGAGUUAUAGAUUACAAAAUAUUUAUAAUGUUGCAAGUAAUUCACGUCAAUAUUUAUUAAAAUUUUCAAUACCUGAUUCUAAAAAAACAUUAGUACUUGAAUACGGUAAUAGAAUUCAUUUAACAGAUUUUGAAAGACCCACAACUCAACAACCAACUAAUUUUGUUACUAAAUUAAGAAAACAUUUAAAGACUAGACGAUUAUCAGGAAUUAAACAAAUUCAAAAUGAUAGAAUAUUAGUAUUACAAUUCAGUGAUGGUUUGUAUUAUUUAGUAUUUGAAUUUUUCAGUGCUGGUAAUAUCUUAUUAUUAGAUGAAAAUUUUAAUAUAUUGUCAUUACAAAGAUUAGUUUCUGCAAAGGAUGACAUUGCAAGAUAUGCAGUAAAUGAAAAAUAUAGAUUAUUUGAUAAAUCAUUAUUUGAUCGAGAUUAUAAUUAUGAAAAGAAGCAUUAUACGAGUGAAUUGAUUAAAUCGUGGUUGAAUCAUCAUAAAGAAAAAUAUUUAAAUCAAGAUAAUAAGAAAGCUAAAGUUUUCUCCAUUCAUAAAUUGGUUUUUUUAAAUGCUAAUCAUUUAGCAAGUGAUUUAAUAUUAAAAGUCUUUACAGAAGAAGAAAUUGUUUCAAGUGAAAGUUGUUUGAAUUUGGAAAAUAAUGAAUCCUUAAUAUCAAAAGUAGUUGAUGCUUUAAAUAAAUGUGAAGAAAGAUAUAUUGAAUUGAUAAGUUCUGAUUCUAUUUGUAAAGGAUACAUUGUGGCUAAAAAAAACAUGUCAGAAGAUUCAGAAUUUGAAUAUAUUUUUGAUGAAUAUCAUCCUUUUGAACCUAUUAAAUUAAAUGAAAAUGAAAUUAUAGAUAUCAAUGGAUACAAUAAAACAUUGGAUAAGUUUUAUUCAACUACUGAAUCCAAUAAAUUUGCAUUAAAAAUUGAACAACAAAAAGACACAGCUUCCAAAAGAUUGAAAAAAGCAAAGAGUGAACGUGAUAAACAAAUUCAAUCAUUAUUACAUCAACAAGAAGUUAAUGCUAAAAAAGGUGAAUUAAUACAAUAUCAUUCAAAUUUGGUUGAUGAUUGUCGUGCUUAUAUACAAGGUUUUCUUGAUCAACAAAUGGAUUGGACAAAUAUUGAAUCAGUGAUUAAAUUGGAACAAAGAAAGAGAAAUGAAGUAGCACAAGCAAUAGAUUUACCUUUAAAUUUAAAAGAAAAUAAAAUUACGCUUCUAUUACCAGAUUUUGAUGAUUAUGAUCAAGAUUCCUCAGAAUCAGCUAAUUCUACUGCAAGUGAAACUGAAAGUAGUGAUGAAGAUAAUUCUGAUGAUGAUUUACCAAUUAAUAAAAGAAAAGACGAUUUUAAAAAAGAAAAAAUAUCAAAUGUUAUACCAACAUUGGUUGAUAUAACCUUGACUUCAUUUGCAAAUGCCAGAAGUUAUUUUGAUGCUAAAAAAGUAGCUGAAUCCAAACAAGUUAAAGUAGAAAAUAGUACUCAAAUGGCAUUAAAAAAUGCAGAAAGAAAAAUUAAUCAAGAUUUGGCUAAAAACUUGAAAGAGAGUAAUGAUACUUUAAAAGAAAUGAGGCCUAAAUAUUGGUUUGAGAAAUUCUAUUGGUUUGUUUCUAGUGAGGGUUACUUAUGUUUAGCCGGUAGAGAUAAUUCACAAAAUGAUAUGUUAUAUUAUAGACAUUUUGGUGACAAUGAUUUCUUUGUUAGCUCUGAUGUCGAAGGUUCAUUAAAAGUUUUUAUUAAAAAUCCAUUCAAAGAUGAAGGAGUACCACCAUCUACAUUAAUGCAAGCAGGAAUAUUUUCAAUGUCAGCAUCAAAUGCUUGGAAUAGUAAAAUUACAACAUCUGCUUGGGUAUUACCUGGGACUGAAAUAUCUAAACGAGAUUACGAUGGCUCAUUAGUUCCUUCUGGUCAAUUUAAUUACAUUGGUAAGAAAGAAUAUUUACCACCUGCUCAAUUAGUUAUGGGUUUUGGUUUUUAUUGCUUGAUCGACGAGGAAUCAGCAAAACUAAAGGAAGAGCAAAGAAUUACAAGAGAAAAGGAACAUGGUUUGACUAUCGUUGUAGACAACAAGAAGAAGGAAUUGGAAAAUAUUACAAUUACUAAUAUCAAAGAAGAAAGUAAAACUUUGAACAAUGAAACUGAAAAUGAUGAUAGUAAAAGUAAAGAUGAAGAAACUAGUCAAGAAGCAACAAAAUCAAAUGCUCCAUUACCUAGAGGUAAAAGAUCCAAAAUGAAAAAAAUUGCUGCAAAAUAUGCAUUUCAAGAUGAAGAAGAAAGAAAAUUGAGGAUGCAUGCUUUAGGAACUUUGAAACAAGUAGAAGAUAAAGAUAAACAAAAACAAAAUGAAUUGCUGCAAAAAGGAGAAGCUAUAAAGAAAAUAAAAGAGAAAGAGUUAUUAGCUGAAAGAAAGAAGAAACAAGAAGAAAGAGAAUUUCAAAACUAUUUAAUGAACAAUGAUUCGGAGGAUAAUAAUGAGGCAACAACUACAAAUUAUUUACAAAUUUUAGAUUCUUUCACUUCAAAACCAUCAACUGAAGAUAAAAUUAUCAAUUUAGUUCCAGUUUUUGCACCGUGGGCUUCAUUACAAAAAUUUAAAUAUAAAGUGAAAAUUCAACCAGGUGGUGGUAAAAAAGGAAAAUGCAUAACCGAUGCUUUACAAUAUUUUAGUAGCAGAAAAAUGGAUAAUUCUAGCACCGACACGGAUUUAGAUUGGCCAGUUGAAAGAGAAUUAAUAUCAAAUAUAAAAAGUACUGAUUUAAUUGGUGUAUUUCCGGUAAGUAAGGUUAAAUUGGUUUUACCAGGUGGUACUAAUAACAAUAAGAAAUCAAAUUCUAAAAAAGGAGCUAAAAAUAAGUAAAUAUAUAUCAAUAAACUUUUGAAUCCAAAAUCUAUAAAUACGAGCACGUUUCCUCGAUUAUUUACUGUUUGGAGCCGCAGAAAUGGUUUCAAUAACAAAGAUUUUAUCUUCUGGUUUAAUUUUUGCAACUCAAGAUCAAUUCAGAGAUGUGAAUUCACCUGAAUUAGCUGCUAAAGAACAGUAUAAUAUAGUAAAAUACUUAGCAGCUGCUGGUCCAUAUAUUCAACAUCCAGGUUUUGGUGUUUCAACUGAUAUUCCAGAUGAAUGUACAAUAAAUUCAGUUCAAUAUUAUGGAAGACAUGGUGAAAGAUUCCCAGGAUUAUCAGCAGGUCUUAAACAUAAGCAAAUUGUCGAUAAAUUACAAAGAUAUAACAACACUUUUAAAGGUGAAUUAGCAUUCUUGAAUGAUUAUCAAUAUUACGUACCAAAUGAAGAUCUUUAUGAAUAUGAAACAACACCAGCUAAUUCAAUUGGUCCUUACACAGGUUAUGAAACAGCAAUUAAAGCAGGAGCAGCUUUCAGAAGUAAAUAUGGACAAUUGUACAACGAUUCUGAAAUAUUACCAUUAUUUUAUUCGGCUUCUGCACGUGUUGAGGAAACAGCGUUAAAUUUUGCAACUGCAUUCAUUGGUGAAAAGUACUCAGAUGAUAAAAUUAGGAAAGUUAUAGUAUCUGAGAAUGCCACUAGUGGAUUGAACAGUGCUACACCUAGAUGGGGUUGCCCUAGCUGGAAUUCGUCUGCUUAUGGAAAUUACACAUCUAAAUUUCCAACUACAUAUUUAAAUAAAACUGUAACUAGAUUUACAAAUGAAAAUCCUGGUUUAAAUAUCACUACCGAUGAUGUUUCAAAUCUAUUCCAAAUAUGUGCUUAUGAACUUAAUUCGAGAGGGUAUUCUCCAUUUUGUAAUAUUUUUACUCAAGAUGAGUUUGUCACUUAUGGAUAUCAAGAAGAUUUAAACUCUUAUUAUUCAAGUGGACCUGGUAAUGUUAACAGUUCCUUGGCUGGUGCUGUUCAAUUAAAUGCAACCUUGCAAUUGUUGAAAGAUACAACAUCAGAUAACAAAAUUUGGCUUACAUUCUCACAUGAUACAGAUAUGGAAUUAUUUACUUCUGCUUUAGGUUUAUUUGACACCAUCAACCCUUUGCCGAAUGAUAAAAUUAGAUUUACAGAUACAUAUCAUCAUGUUGAAGUUACUCCUAUGGGUGGUAGAGUUGUCACCGAAAAAUUGCAAUGUUCUAAUGAAACUUAUGUUAGAUUUAUAAUUAAUGAUGCAGUUAUUCCAAUUGCAAAUAUAUCAGAUGGCCCAGGAUUUUCGACGAAAUUAACAGAUUUUGAAACUUAUGUUAAUGAUAGAAUUGGUAAGUACAAAAUUCCAAGAGAUUGCCAAACUCCAAGUAAUUUGUCUCAAGCUUUGACAUUUUAUUGGGAUUAUAAGAAUGGUGGAUAUAAUGGCACAGUUCCAAGACAAACUGCUUAG